UGCUACUGCACCUGUUACUCGUCUCAUUUGUGAUUUACUUCAUAAUGCUGUCCAGCAAAGAAACCUUAAAGGGGGGGGGGGGGGGUGCUGCUUGGUCCUUCCAUAUGGAUUGUCUAGCCCCAUUAAAAUGCGGCACAUGCUCGUCAGUGAUGUCACAGUCUGGUGCGACAGGAUUGCCAGCGUUUUGAUGCUCCACCCUGUCGAAAUUCACCUGUUGAGUCACCUGGAACCUUGCAGCACUUCUAAACUGGAUGCACUGGAAACAAGAAGUUGGGCAUGGGAGGGUUCUACUCAAGUGAAAGGAUGGCAGGAGUUUUCUCCUAUGAGAGCUCAGAGAUUGAUUGGUGUGAAGACAACUACAAACAUUCUGAACAUGUGGUGGAGUUCUUCAACACUAUGAGCAGCUUCAUUUUUUUCCUUAUAUCUCCCAUCAUGCUCUACCUUCUUCACCCUUACGCCAAAGAGAGGAACUUGGCAAUCCAUCUCGUCUGGGUCAUGAUGUUAUUUGUGGGUAUCUUCUCUGCCUAUUUCCACAUGACUCUCAGUUUUGUUGGCCAGAUGCUGGAUGAGUUGUCAAUCUUGUGGGUGUUGGCGGUGGGAUACGCCGUAUGGUUCCCACGAAGGUUGUUCCCUUCUUUUAUAAAGGACAGGUCCACCUUCUCAAGGCUCAUCCUGGUGCUUACUGUCGCCACUUCAGUGUCCUCCUUUGUCAAACCGACUGUCAAUGCCUAUGCGCUCAACUGCUUCGGUCUGCACAUGCUCUACAUUCUGGCGAUUGAGAUGAGAUGCUGUACUGACCAGAAGGCUUUGAGACUGGCCAAAUGGUCAGUGGCUUUGUGGAUUCUGGCUAUCUCCUGUUGGAUUAGUGAUCGCUUUGGCUGUGGGUUUUGGCAGAGGAUAAACUUCUGUUAUUUGCACAGUAUCUGGCACAUUUUGAUCGUCAUCGCUGUGGCAUAUGGGAGUACGCUGAUAGCCUACCUUGAUGCCAACUACGAGAUCCCCUACUCAUUGCCUGGACUGCAGUACUGGCCCUGUGAUAAAUUGGCACUUGGAUUACCUCAUAUUGUCUUGAAAGGCACGACCAAGACGCUCAAACGGUGCUAAUGACUGUCACAGUGCAGACUGCAUUUUUUAACUUACCGGUAAAUUAUUCGAGGUAACUGAUGGCAGGCCAGCAUUGUAUCUCACUCUGUAGCAGUAUAAAUAGUAACAAAUGGAAUUGAUAAUAAUAAUAGUAGUAAUAAUAAUAAUAAGGAUCAUAGUAAUAUUAAUAAUAAUGUUUUUUUUUAGUAUUGGCUUCACAUUUCAGAAUCAUUCAUACAUACAUUCAUACAUGCAUACAUACACCUCAUAUAUACAAUGAGCUCACCAGACACUUUAUGAUAGGUAGCCUACAUGUACUCACAUACUCAUGGUUUGUGUCGAAUGAGAGAUUCCAAAACGUUGGCACUCGUGCCUGGAAAAAAAAAGUUUUAAACUUUCAGUGUGAUGGCGUGCAAUUUUACAACUCUUUUAUACAAUACAAUGUUAAACAAAUGGCUCUCUGAGAGUGUCAAUUGAAAUGAAAAAUUAUGUUUUUUUCAUUAAUAUUUAUUAAAGUUUGAGUAUGCAGAUGGUUAUUAAUGAUUCUAGAUUACAUUUAUCUUUUCCCGAUACUUGAAUGUCUUUUAAGAUCGAAAUGUGUUUGUAUUCAAAGCUUGGUGACAAAAGCAACCUCCAUCCAAAUCAUGUCAAUGUACUAGAUUCUCUGUAAUAAGUUUUUAUACAAGUGAACCUGUGCGAUUUGAAUGUUUGUCUUCUUGCAAAUGAGUUUCAGGCAGUUUUGUUUCAAUAAUUUAUUUACUUUCAGUCCAUAGAUUCAGAUAUGCAUUUCAUUAAGUGUUGAAUGUUUUUGAUAGCAUUAUUACUCCUGCCAUCACAGCAUUGAAAUAAUGUUUGCAUGUGUUUAGUUGGAGUUAUAAUGUAGCUCAUUGUGUGAUGUAGUGCUUGAGUUGAAUUCUCUUCCAAAAUAAAAUGUGUCACAGCUACAUAGAAAUCA